AUGACAGACGUUAAGGACAUCACACCGGAUCUCGAUCGGCUGGAUAAUCAGCUUGAUGCUCUUGAAGAAAAACUACAGCCUUUGUUGGGCAACCUCGAAGGCAUGGCCUCUCAGUUGCCCCUAUUAGACAAGGCGAAACUGUUCUCACUUACAGCUUACGCGAUCGAAUCCCUAAUGUUUUCAUCACUGAAAUUAAAUGAGGGCAAUGAGGCUCAAACACAAGCCGUUCUUACUGAACUCAAGCGAAUUCAGCAAUAUUUUGAAAAGAUCAAGAACAUCGAGUCUCCUCCGGAGCCUGAAACGCGUACCUUGACUAUUAACCAGGAGGCUACCGCGCGUAUCCUCAAGGCGGACCUAGGCGACAACAAAACAAUCAGCAGUAAGCUUGCCGAAAAGAUUGCAGAGGAACGAGCCAAGGCACUGCUCAAGUCUGUUGAGAACCGAAAGCGACCAGCAGAGGAGUCGCCCGUUCCAUCUCAGCCCAGCUCUUCUGCUGAUGGAAAAGAUAAGAACAAGAAGAAGCAGAAGAAGAACAAAAAGAACAAGUCGAAAAACUGA